GUUCAUAUCGAUAAACCUGGUUCUCCUACCUAAAAUACCCCCGACGACGAAGCCCAAUUUUACAACCCUAGAAAGAGAAAGCUCGAGGAAAAGGUGAAAAUGGCAUCUGGAUGGGGAAUCACCGGCAACAAGGGCCGAUGCUACGAUUUCUGGGUCGAUUUCAGCGAAUGUAUGUCAACUUGCCGCGAGCCUAAGGACUGCGGCCUCCUCCGCGAAGAUUAUUUCGAGUGUCUCCACCACUCUAAAGAGUUCCAACGGAGGAACCGAGUUUACAAGGAGGAGCAGCGUCAGCUGAGAGCAGCUGCAGAUAAGGCCAAGGGAGGAGGCGGAGGUGGAGAUGGUGGCCAUCAUUGAGAAUUGCUAAUGGAGCCAAUGGAGGGAUGAGAAGUAAUUGAUUUUCUCCAAAACUUUGUUGGAAAUAAAACAUAAAUGAGUUGUAUCUGUGUUAUCGGAUGUCAAAUACAAAACAUCUUUAAAAUGGGAGUCUCGGUGCAGGAACCUCUGCUGUAUGUUUUAUUGAGUAUGUAUUUCUUGCUAUUUACCCUGCUGUGGGAUGAUAUAUGUUUUGCUCACUUUGUCAAGCCGACUUACUUUCACA